UGCAGGGCUGAAGUUUUCCUCAAACAGACGGAACAUGCCCCUGAGCUUUGCUAACACGGAUAACAUUUCCCUGAAAGAUGAAGACCUUGGCAAACCUAACAAGCAUGGCGACAAAAUACAGAAAGGUUUUACUGCUGCAUAUCCAACUCAGGCCUCCAUUCCUUAUAGAUACAGAACGUCAAUAAUCCCAGAAUCAGAAAAAAAGGGAUUUAACAGCCAAACCAGGAGAUUCUAUCACAAAAAGAAUGACAACCCAGGCCCUGGGUUCUACAAUGUCAUCCACCAGUCUCCAGUGUUCAACAGUGUCUCUUUUUCCAAGAGAGGAACCUGCACUUUCCCCUCCUCGUGUGCCCGGCUGGGCAACAACAUUUCUAAAUAUCCUGCUGCCAAUGCAUACACCAUCCGCUCAGAGUUGGUUUCCAAGAAGGACUUCAGCAAUUCCUGUUCCAGCAUGUUCCAGCUGCCAAGCUUCAUGAAAGUGGUCAAAUCUGAAACCCCUGCCCCAAACCAUUACAAUGCCUCCAUCCCCUCCUGCAAACAAAAAAGCAACAUCUCUGCUCCAAUUGGGUUUCUGUCAAAAACAGAAAGAGGAUUCUUCCCCUUGGCCAGCUCGGGAGGGCCACCUCCAGGGCAUUACAAUGUCAACGAGUCUCUGGUGAAGCAGUCGCCAAAGGUCUUAAUGUCCUGCUUCAAAUCCAAAACUGGCCGUGGAUUAAAACUGACAUCAACAGGCCCAGGGCCUGGUUACUACAACCCCAACAAUCAGACCAAGGUUCUGAAAAAGCCUCACAUCCCGAGAGGUACGCUCCUGAACUUUUCUGCCCAACCUCUGCCUCUGCCCCCAAAGCCACCUCUCCCUGGGCCUGGUCAGUAUGAGAUCGUGGACUACGAGGGACCCCCUAAGCAUUUCAUCUCCAGUGCAUCAUUUGUGUCCAAUACCAGCCGGUGGCCAGUGUUGUCAUCCAAACCAAGCCUGCCCGGUCCAGCCACAUACAAGCCAGAGAUCCCUGGAAAGCAAUCCUUCCUCUACAAUGAGGACAACAAAUGGAUCCCAGUGAUAUAAUGAUGCCACAGGAACUCAUGGAGAAGCUCAUCUGGCCAGGCCCCCUGAUCCUGCUUUCCUGGCCACCCAUCAGCAGAACACACCUUUCCUCUGUCACCCAGCCUAGGGUCACACACUGUCUGGAGCUGCCUUCCGGAGACUGGCUACCCCUGGCCCUUCUAUACUUUCCUGAGUAGAAAAGAGGAGUAGAGCUCUCUGGCUACCUCCAUGUCAGCCUCCAAGCUGGUUUUGGUGACUCCCGUCCCCAGAGUUGAGGAAUCUUGAAGCCUGGACUCUGAGGUGCAGCCCCAGCCUAUUGUCAAGACAGCCUGUGGUGAAUUCCUCGCUUAGAUGCCAGUCAGCCAGGGCUCUGAGUCCUGGUCCAUGGGCCCUGACCUCAAAUUGUCCUUGACUUCUGGGAGGCAGGAGGCCCAGAGGGCUCCACAACAGAAGCACAAGGCUAUCCCCUGAGCACCCCUGCUCUCAGCUAAUGCUUUGUUAUGACCCAGCAUGAACAUGGAAACCUGUCAUGAAUCACUCAUCACCCAUAGACUUGUAUUCAUCACCAGGCAAGGGAGGAUCCAGUUGGAGCUAGAGGCCUGGAACCACGGUCCCCAGGGCAGGGAAAACCUCUGUGUACCUUGCCUUCAUGAUCUCACUUCCCCAACCUUGCCUCUGCCUGGCCGGGUCUCUGUCGUCUUCCUAACUUCCCACCCCAGUUCUGAGGAAGCACAGUCUCUAAGUUGGUCAGUGUCUUUAACAGAUCAUGGUUUGUCUGCAAUGGCUAGAUGGACGGACAGCUGACCAAGACAUUAAAAUGACCACACAUCCUUUCUGUCCCCAGGUGUUGCUAAUGUCUGCCACUGUUCUAGAUGGGAUCCUCUUGGGCUUCCUUUUCUCCUCCAGCCCCUGAGCUCCUUCCAGGAUGCCUGGAAAGGAAGUUCUCUGGGAACUGUACAUCUGGACUGGCUCCCUGAUUGGCUUUUCU